AUGAGGGAUAUGGAUGGAAAGUCAAAGUGCUUUGGUUUUGUCAACUUUGAGAAUGCAGAUGAUGCUGCUAAGGCUGUUGAGGCUCUUAAUGGGAAGAAAGUGGAUGAUAAGGAGUGGUAUGUUGGGAAAGCCCAGAAGAAGUCUGAACGGGAAAAUGAAUUGAAGCUUCGAUUUGAACAGAGUAUGAAAGAAACAGCAGAUAAAUAUCAAGGGGCAAAUUUGUAUGUUAAAAAUUUUGGAUGA